UCUCUCUCCUCAGUGGAGGUUGAGACUAUCAGCAAGUUUGUUAUCGACAACUCCAAAUGAAGGGACGCAGAACUGAUUCCCCUGCUUUUUUUUUCGUACCCCUUGAAGUUGAUGGAUAUCAUUGGAUUUCUUUCAGUUGAGGGUCCAGUUUAACUCAGCGAAAAUCCACCGUAGGAAAACAGAACUUUAGAUUAGCCUACGUUUGCUUUGGCAGUGCUGAUUAAUGUGUUAAAUUAGGUGACAUGCAGAGCUGUGACUUGAGAAGAGAACUGAAGUCAUCACUUGAAAGACGGCUCUUUAGGCAAUGCGAUCCGGAUUUCCACACAGCCAAGGUGGGGCCUAUUCUGUGUUUCAAGACUGGAGUAACGUGGGUGUUUGCCGAUUACCACAAGACAUCAAUGUUACCCCUGUACCAGUUCACCCUGAAAUUGGAAUACAAAACAACAUGGUAGUCACUCAAAAUACUGAGGAGCGUAGAGUGACUUACAGUCGGGUUCCAUUGGAGCAGCAAGAAUAUCGAUCACAGAGACUUUACCACCAACAGGAGUCACUGGCAACCAUAAUAGGCACUGGAUUUCAGCACCCAAGACCCAGGGAUGGUGCUUGCAUUUUUCAAAACAUGCAAUUGAGCAGAAAAGAUAAUGACGAUUUUUAUUCAUCAUCACAUGUUGCCGCAGAACACAGUAGAUAUUUUGGGACUUUGGCCUAUGAAAACUCUGUAAGACAAUCUGAUAGUAACAGUGGUCAACAAAAGGAAUAUUCCAAGCAAAAUGUCAGUUGGCAUUUCAAGAAAAAGUCACAUCGGAACCAUGAUACUGGACUGCAGCAAUCUCAGGAUAAAGAUCAGUGUUCUUCUGUGGCUGUGUGCAACAAUAUUACACCCUCUCCUCUGCUUGAAGCCUUGCUAAAAACAAACUCUUCAGAACUGCCUUGUUCAGAGGAAACAAAUGGCAACAUUGAACUCAACGCUAAUAAUAAUUUUUUAAAUACAAAAAGACAGAGCAAAUAUUUGCAAGUCAAAAGUUUACUAAAUGGGCUAAACUGUGGACAGACUAGAACAGAAAACCUAGAUUAUCAAAGAGGAAAACCCUCCACCCCCUAUCAGCAGCAGGUCUCCUCCCACUGUAUCAGUAGUCAGCCAUCCACAGACAAACUUGUGUCAGCUGGAAAAACACAUCCACCUACAGAUAUCGAAAUCCAAGACUUUGUUGCACAAAAGCUCAUAUAUUUUAGGUCUAUUUUACGUCUGAAAAACACAAAUCCUGGACAUUCAAACAAGGAUUUGGGCAGGAACUCCACACUGCAGCCUGACAGCAUCAAGCCUAAGGUUGACAGUGUUGCCCAUCUCCCUACAACCUCUGCCAAAGAUGUGGACAGCCAAAGUCAAAACUGGGAUGCAAAUGAGCAGUGCCUUAAAAUGGACAAGCACGAAAGAUGGCACAAGAGCGUACGAGAGGAGGCAUGA